AAAUUAAUGAUGAUUGGCGAGUAAAAAAUUCAGUAGACAUGUUAUGUGCUAACGAAGUGAACGCAACGGUCUUCUCUACUCUGUUCUUGUAACGGCCUUGUUAAUCCGUCAGCUGAUUUCGCCUUUGAUAUUUAUAUUUAAAAAUACCGUGCUAAUCCCUAAAAUGGAAGCUGCAGUGGAAAGUCCUAUCCCUGGAAUAGAAGCCUCUGUCCCACAAACUAAGAAGCGAAGAGCAUCUGAGAAUGGAGUUGGUGUUAAUGAGAUGAAGAAUGGUACUACUGAAAAAGAGAAGUUUAUUGAUGAAAGUUACUUUGCUUCAUAUUCAGAUGUAGAGCUUCAUAGGACAAUGAUUGAAGAUACAGUAAGGACAAAUGCUUAUCAACAAGCAAUCUUCCAAAAUAUGGAGGAAUACAUUCAUGGAAAAGUUGUGGUUGAUGUAGGGUGUGGGACAGGUAUCCUUAGUAUGUUUUGUGCCCAGGCUGGUGCAAAAAAGAUUUAUGCUAUCGAUGCUUCUAAGAUAGCAGUGCAUGCGAAACAAUUAGUGGAAGCCAAUGGGUUUAGCAACAUCAUAACAGUUAUACAAGGUAAAGCUGAAGAAGUCGAGUUACCUGAGAAGGUUGAUGUCAUUGUUAGUGAAUGGAUGGGUUACAUGAUGUUAUACGAGACAAUGCUUCCAUCCGUUCUAUAUGUGAGAGACAAGUGGUUAAAACCUGGUGGCAAGAUGUUUCCUGAAAGAGCUAUGUUGUUCAUGGCUCUCGGAGAAGCUCAGUGGAUUACAAAGUAUGAGGAGGGAACAUAUGAUUUUUGGGUCUCCCUCAACCAUGUAUAUAACUUGGAUAUGUCUCUUCUUGCUGAUCAUGCUGUUGCUAGAUACAAAGAUGUUGUACAUGUCCACAUGGUGUCUCAAGAAGAUAUUGUGAGCUUACCUACUCCAGUUUGUGAUUUGGAUCUUAUGAGAGUAACCCCGGAAGACAUACGUUGUAUUUCCCAUAACUUCAACCUGGCAAGUAUGGGUUCACGAAGAUUAAAUAGUAUGGUUUUGUGGUUUGAUGUGUGGUUUCCGGGAGGUCUCAAAUUAUCAACUUCUCCUCAUAAUGAAGAUACUCACUGGCAAAACACAGUUCUUCCUUUAACCACAGCUACUGUUAAACAAGACACUCCAGUAUGUGGUGUGAUAAAUAUUACACAAGACUUGUCAAACCAUAGAUUUUUAAACGUAGAUUUGAAAUAUAGAGUUGACAGUGGAGAAGAAAUUAUACGAGGUUUUAAAAUGGAUGAUAAUUGUACUGACAAUGACUUUUGAGUUUGGUUUGAUUCUUUCUCACCGACUCUAGUGUAUCACGCAACAGAAAAACAGUUGGACUGUCGUGUUUCGUGUCAGUGGAAUGGGGAGCAUCAGACUUAUGGUAGAUCAACUAAUUUCAGUAUUAAAUUAGAAGUGUUAAAUUUGUUGCGUGAAAUUCAGAUAUGAAAAUUAGAGGUCUACUUACACACAUGAUGUUUAUAAGUGCUUUUUUGAAAUGACAUGAAUUUUGAUGCAUAAUGUACUUGGGUGUAAUGCUUUUAUAUUUAAUACUAAUGAUAUCUGCUUGCUUAUACCCUGCAACAUUGAGAGUAAUUGAAUUUAAAGCCUUAAGAAUGGAAAACAGUAAUAUGAUCUCGCUUCCAAAGAUUUCUUCAGUGAAGAGUUCUGUGAUCCUUACCUUUAAUGCCUUUUAAAGGUAGGCCUGCAUCUUAUCAGCAAAGGUCUUUCAUGUGGGUACAAGAGUUUUUACACUAAGGAGAUUAGGAAUCUCUACUGUGGACCAUAUUCGUAAACCUUACUCUCAAGGAAAGUUAUCAAUAGAUUUUAUUAGUACAAAUUGAUGGCAUAGUGUCAUAUCAAUGCCUUAUAAUUGCCUCUUUUGAAAACUACACUUAGAACUUUCAUUAUGCCACUGUUCAUUUAAACAGUACUGGAAACUUUUACACUAGACCAUUAGUUGGAUGAUCCUAAAUGAUUUUCCAUAAUUCUUGCCAUAUACAGUAUGCCGUCCUCCUUUUUAGUACAAUGUCUUUUACUUGUAGGUCUGUAUCUCAGUGUCUUGUAAUUUGAAUGUUUGGAUAGUUCAGUGUUGUUGCCAUGUGGUACUGUAUAAUUUUGCAAGCAUAAAACAUGGAUAAAAGAAUGUUACUUAAAACUGUUUUUGAACAUAUUUCUCCUCCCCUUUAAAAAUGCCCACAAUAUAAUUUUAUAGUUACACAAAUAUAUCAUGUGAAUUUUAUCUACUGUUGGCAAGUAUAUCUUAUCAAAUGGAGUACAAAAUAAGUGUCACUGAACUUUGUCAGAAACCUCAUUUGCCAAUUUAUAGUAAUUUUCUUUCCUUUAUUGUUAUUGAAUUAUAGAGUUAAUGAUUUUUAUAUGUACUACCAUUUUGUAGUAAGUCUUAGGUACUUUGCAAAUGGAUGUAAAGAUAACUUCUUAGUUUGGAACUUGUUGAAACGCUCCUAAUUCAGAAAGCAUGUGCAGAACAUAUGACAGCUAUAAAUUUUUUUUGUAAUGGUACUAUUACAUUGUCAAAGGAAGUUGGUGAGUUCAGUUUGGUCAAGGUUUUUCAUGCUGUUUGUAGAAUUCAUUAUUUGAUGAUUUUAAAUGUGAAGAUAAAUUUGUAGAGCUUCUUUGGGAUGUAGCUGAUAAUCAUUAUAAGUUUUGAAAUGUAACUUGACGUUAUACACAAAAGCUUGUUUUUAGGUAAGAGAAACUGGUGCUGCUCUAUAUUCUUAUACACUUUUUAAUAGUUUUGAACAAAUAUUUUCAUAUUUGAGACUUUUCCAUUCAGAUUGUGUUCCAAAGUCGAGGUACUAGGCUUAAACUUGUCAUUUUGUAAUGACCAUGUAAAUCUUUACAGUAGUAGUAUCAAGAGAAAAUUAUUAGUUUGAAUUUUUUUUACAUAAAUGUCAGUUUGAGGAAUGGUCAAAUCAAUGUUUAUGAUGUAAGAAUUGAAUCCGAAGACAAUUGUAGAUUUUUAGUGUAAGGUGUCUCAUUAUCUAAAAAGGGCUUAGAAAUGGAUGAAAGAUUUUAAGCCAGUUAUAUUUGUUGAUGGUAACAGUAUAAAACCAAUUUGGAAUGAAACAAAACUUAGCUAUGAUUUGCCAUUUAUUUUGGGAAUAAACAAAGUCCUGAUGUGACCAUGUAUUCUAGGCACCUUUUAUUAUUACAGUAACACUCUUGUUAGAGAUAUCAUUUUGACAGAUUGUCUAGACUACCUUUAUUUUCCACUUGGCUGGGAAAUUGGAGAAUUGAGUCUACAGGCAGGCUGCAGUGGUAGGCCUAAUGAUGAUUGGGAUAUAGUAAACAUCAAUAAUUGAGUAAGGGAGAUCCACAUUCUUGAUUUGAAAGUUUUGGAUUUUGAAUUGUGAAAUUUGGCAUGCAAUAAAAAAUACUAUCUUGCAGUUUUAUAA